AUGGGUGGAAAUUCCCCUUGUGCCUCAUGUAAAUUGCUAAGACGCAGGUGUAUAAAAGAUUGCAUCUUCGCUCCUUAUUUUCCUUCUGAUGAUCCUCAAAAGUUUGUUAUAGUUCACAAGAUUUUUGGUGCUAGCAAUGUCAGCAAAAUGUUGCAGGAACUUCCAGUUCAUCAGAGAGCAGAUGCAGUGAGUAGUCUAGUGUAUGAGGCAAGUGCAAGAAUGAGAGACCCUGUGUAUGGCUGUGUUGGCGCCAUAUCCUACUUGCAAAAUCAAGUUUCUGAGCUUCAAAUGCAGCUUGCAGUUGCUCAAGCAGAGAUCCUCUGCGUCCAGAUGAAUCACGAGUCACUGAUGCCACCCUCAGAAACUGAUUUACAUCACAAGUCUUACCUUCUUCAGAAUAACCUCUCUCAGAUUCCUGACUUUAACACUCCUAGUAAUGUAAUUCACCAUUCUCCCAGUCCUCUUUGA